AUGAUGCCUCCAAAUGUUGACGCAGAGCAAAGCAAGGAGUACUUUAUCCAGCACCCAGUCAGUCAGUCUGUGACACUCAACAGCACCUUCACACUGGCCUGUCGAUUUCUAGUGAGCCUUUUUCAAGGAGCAUCACCGGACUCACCAAAGCCGGUGGUACAGUGGGUCAGGAAUAAAUUCGGACUCGGGGCUACUCGAGAGGAUAUUCAGGAGGCUGGCAUGGAAACAAACUCCCCCAUUUCUCGAUACGACUUGCCAUACAACCUCGACGAAGGCAAGACAAAAAUGUGCACAAUACGAAACAUUUCCAGAGCCAACAGCAGAGAGAAACAAGCUAGAGAAGGACAAUACGAUCUUCAAAUACGCUACGCAACUAGUUUGGACGAGGGCAAAUAUGUGUGCCAGCUGCAUUACGGCAGAAACACCUACUUUAGUCAAACUGCAGAUGUCAGGGUCUUGGUGGCAUCAGAGCCGCCUGAAUUAGCCCAGUCUGAUGCUUCCACAUCCAACAUAGUAAAAAGAGUAGGACCCCAGGUGUUCGCCACAGCAACGGAAGGUACUUACAUGAGGCUUCAUUGCUUCGCCAGAAACGGGAAACCAGGACCUAAGCUCUUCUGGUUUCUGAAUGGAAGUCCUCUUUCAAUUUUGUAUAAUGAAAAUGGAACAGAAGGACAAAUAACAAGUCCAAUCGAAGGAAAUGUCUCCGUUAAAAGCAUAUCCUCGGGAGUACCACCGUUUCUGUACGUUUUGGUGACCACGGUGAGUGAGAUCGUAGUUUACGUCACAAAACUACACCAUGGCUCAAAGAUUCAGUGCAACGCACAGAACGAAGGCUACGAGAACCACCCCCUUGAGCCCGCUUACACGAAGCUCAACAUACUUUGUAAGGAAAUUGAUAGAGUCACCAGUCUUGAUUCUUAA